UCCUACGUUUCAUUCGUUUCAACUCCUCUCGUCCUUGACAACGACCAAAACCUUUGCGUCAACCACAAACAAGAACUUCAAGAAACAGAACCCGACUUUGAAAAAAAAAAAAAAAAAAAAAGACAGAAGAGGGAAGAGACAGCUAAUUGAAGGGGUAGUCACCUCCCGAUCAUCACUAACGACGACAAACGAUUUUCGGAAAUAUAAAGAGGAAGGGGUUGGAGGGUCAAGGCCACUGUCUCCCCUGAGGAUGCAGAGAGGGAUGGAUUCACUAUCACCCGCACCCGUGGCCGUCGUCUUCGCUCCUGUGCUUCCUCCGGUCUAGGGCUUCUCAAGUCUGACUUCGCGUCCUCCUCCUGUCUUGGCGUCCCACGGCGAGUCCCUCUCUCUACCCCCCACUUCCCUCCGUUCGAAUUUCUCGAAGGCGAGUCGUUGGAAGGAGCUGAGAUGUUAGUGAUGCCGGGGAGGGCCGAAAAUAUAGAUCCACAGUUAGAACAAGGAACUCAAAGCAUUUUGCACUCUUCGCUGUAUGUGCAACCUUGGUGGCAUGGAGCUAGAAACAGUAUGUCAGUUACAACUGAAGAUGGGAGUAAUAGGCAAGAGGAGAAACAUGCCAAGAGUGUUGAAUCCUCAAUGACUCUUUCGACUGGUGAACAUCUUGGAGUGAAUUCCCCCAGGGAACUUGUUGGUCACUCAAUUUUGCAGGUUCUGACCUCAUCUCUCUAUUCAGAUCCGCAAUUUGGUGGUCCUCUGACUUCUUUCUAUGGACCUCAAGCCAUGGUACCGCAUCUUUACGGGGUUCAUGGUAGAAUGCCUUUGCCCCUUGAAAUGGCGGAGGAGCCAGUUUAUGUAAAUGCUAAGCAAUAUCAUGGUAUUCUGAGACGGAGACGAAUACGAGCAAAGGCCGAACUUGAUAGAAAAGCCGUAAAGGGCAGAAAGCCAUAUCUCCACGAGUCACGACACCGGCAUGCGAUGAGAAGACCAAGGGGUUCCGGAGGCCGCUUUCUUAACACAAAAAGGCUGGAUAGUGAUGAUUCCAGCUUUGCAGCAGAAAAAGCUGUGAAUUCCAGUGUUGAUCUGCCAACACAAUUUGUUAAGACAUCAACUGCUCAAGGCUUUCAAACUAGGUCCAUGAGAGCAGAUUCAACAGGCUCCAAUGGGAAUGCUAGUGCCAAUGGGCUCUCAUACCAAGGUAUAAGCUGCCUUGGUGCGGAGAAGGAAACCUUGCAGCUAUAUGAGGGCCCUAAUGGGGCCUACAAAUAGCUAAACCUCUCUACGUGGGGGUCCCAUGGAGCUCCACAUUGCUUGUGCUACCGUCUUUUAUUUCCGUAAGAAAUAGCAGAUGUGUGCAAGGAUAUGCAGCUUUCCCGAGUGGAGGACCCUCAGUUUGCUGUGCUCCGGCAACUCAUUCUUGGCUGAUACGUGCUCUUUAAAUAUCUAUGUUCUUCAGGAAGAGAGUUCUCACUGGCUGGCUUAUCAAGUUGCCAGCCGUUGUCGUAGUGGAUGUUUGAAUAAUCUCUCUUCUGUUCAUGUUUAUGUUUCUGAGGAUUUCGGGACAAGGUUAUUUAUGCUGCGUCUUGCGUCAAACACUCGAAUGUCUCGUGAUUGAUCAAGUGUUGUGCAUGCUCUGCCAUGAGAUACUAUGUGUUUUGAGGAAUUUUGUAACUGAAUCAUGCGUUCUACGGAGUGUAUUUGGGAUGAUUGGACCUA